CACUGAGUGGAUGCGCCAAAGCGAGGAAACCUGGGAACAAGCACAUCAUCAUCUGCAGCGAGCUGUGAGGCGUCAGGAGAAUCAAGCGAACCGCCAUCGACGUCCCAAUCCUCGAUACAUCAUGGGACAGUGGGUGUGGUUAUCCACCAAGGAUCUUCGCCUCCGACUUCCAUGUCGCAAACUCAGUCCCAGGUUUGUAGGGCCUUUUCAAAUUCUUAAACAAAUUACCCCUGUAUCAUUUCGAUUAAAUUUACCUGCUAAUUAUCGCAUUUCUCCCACUUUCCAUGUGUCGUUGCUGAAACCCUCCGGGGGGCCGAGAGAGGAGCCAGUGGGAGCCGAGACCCGCAAGACUGGGCCCCCCACCCCUGAUCAUCGAAGGCGAGGAAGCUUACCAGAUGCCCUGCUUGCUGAUCUGGAAAAUUCAGCCUUUCCUCUGGGUCGCUAUCCUGUCCUACUGACCUCUGACCCUCCAGUGAACUCUGAUCCCUCAUCCAGCGCUCAGGAUCCUAUCCCGAACCGGCCACACCCUCCAGCAUACACCCCGCAACAAACUGUUUCUGCUGCAAUGAAGUCGAACGGCUCUCAGAACUCUAACCCAGACAAACUUUACAGUACCGUAUGUAAGCCACGCUUCUCACGCACAGAAGACCCUCCUCCUGCUUUCUCCUCUGCCUCGGUUCUGGGAGGGGGGCUGAGUGAACUUGAUCACUUACUACAGGAGCUUAAUGCCACACAGUUCAACAUCGCAGAUGAGAUUUUGGCUCAAUUCCCCAGCACCAAAAAAGAUGAUAAGUCUUCCAAGUCUGGUCCAUCCUCUACUUGCUCAGCGAAACCCUCAGCUACAUCUGCUACAUUAGAGUUGGACAAACUAAUGGCAUCUCUGUCAGACUUCAGAGUCCAAAGCACACCAGCAAUACAUGUGGCAUCUUCACCGCAGCAAACAGCUUCUCCACCUCCUGCAUCCUCUGAAGGCUCAUUGGACAGCAUGUUGGGUCUCCUCCAAUCAGAUCUGAGCAGACAGGGAGUGGCUGCCUCCUCUAAAGGAAACUGUUCCACUUGUCAGAAACCAGUUGUAGGACAGGUGGUAACUGCUCUGGGACGUGUUUGGCAUCCAGAGCAUUUUGUUUGCUCUGAGUGUGAGUGUGAACUUGGCAAUUGUAAUUUCUUUGAGAAAGACGGUCGACCAUACUGUGAGCCUGACUACUUCACCCUGUACUCACCUCACUGCGCAGAAUGCAACAAGCCCAUACUCAGUAAAAUGGUGACUGCGCUGGAUAAAAACUGGCAUCCAGAAUGCUUUAGCUGUGUGAAAUGCAGCUGUACAUUUGGAGAUGAAGGUUUCCAUGACCGUGAAGGGAAGCAGUACUGCCAGCAGUGUUUUCUAGCCCUCUUUGCCUCUCGUUGUCAGGGUUGUUCCCAGCCCAUCAUGGAAAAUUACAUCUCUGCUUUAAGUGCUCUGUGGCAUCCGCAAUGCUUUGUUUGUAGGGAAUGCUAUAGCCCAUUUGUGAAUGGAAGUUUCUUUGAGCAUGAGGGCCAACCCUUAUGUGAAGCUCACUACCACCAGUCCCGAGGCAGCGUUUGCCAGGCAUGCCAGCAGCCCAUCCUGGGGCGCUGUGUCACCGCGAUGGGUGCUAAGUUUCAUCCACACCAUCUGGUGUGCCACUUCUGCCUGAAACCCCUCAGCAAGGGCUGCUUCAAAGAACAGGACAGCAAACCAUACUGCCACCCCUGCUUCAUCAAACUCUUUGGCUGAGAAGAACGAUACAAUCAUACAAUACAAUCAUACAAUACUCAUAAUCUUUAUAGAACGCAGGUGAAAAAAAGUACACUUCCAUAAUGUACUUAAAGUGCUCUAUUUUCAUGCACUAAAUUUGUACUUAAUAUACUAAAAAUUGUUCAGCCAAAGUCAGUUCAGUAUUGAUUCAGUUCAGUUCAAUGACUGUAAAAUUCAACAUUUAUAAAAAUGAGUUCAAUUCGGAUACAAGGAGCUCUACAGAAGACAGUUGUUAUUCACUUUAUCAUUUCAAUGUAGAUUCAAUGCAGUUGAAUAAGUGUCUUGUUGUACAUGGUUGCAGGGAUUUCCUGCCAUUUAGAAAUAAGAGUGUCCAUUUUUCAUGUUGGGUGAUGGGGUCUGUAUUGUAUUUUUGCAGCAGGGUUCAAGUCUGGGCAAUGGUCGGGCCAUUCAAAUUCUUCUACACCAGACUGAGAAAAGUAUUUGGUUAAACUUUAUUUUAGACUUUACAUUGUAAUUACUCAAAUAAGUACUAAGUACUAUUAAUUAGCUACAAGUACUUAGUUUAGUUUUCGUUACUUGUAAUUAUGCAUAAUUUACUGUUAUUACUAUUGUAAGUACAUGUAGUAAAGUGUAACUACGGCACUAAAAUAAAGUGUUACCAAGUAUUUUCCUCAAAUUCUCUAGAAUGUCACUGUAUGACAUAAGAUUUUAAAUGAUAGGUAUGUGGUAGCCAAUCCUGUUAAUUAUAAGGGAGUGGAGUGUUUGCAUAGUGUGGUGAUUUUUUAAACCUGUUCUGGAGACACAUCAUUACUGCACAUUUUGGAUGUCUCUGAUUCAACUCUUCAGCUCAUUAGUAGAGAUUGUAAGACCUGAAAUUGGUGUGACUGAUAAGUAAAGAUCCUAAAUGUGCAGUGAUGGGGGUCUCCAGGACAGGUUUGAAAAGCCUGUUGAAUAUAUCACUGAUAAAUAACUGUAAUUGAUGAAUUAAUACAAAGGAAGGGAAAGUCUGAGCCCUAUUAAUAAUACUGACCAGCUCAAUUCAUGUAGUACUCUAUUGAUCAGCUGAUGCGUUAAUUAAUCUGGGUUAGAUUGGAGAGACAUCCAAUAUGUGCAGUACUGGGGUUUUAAAACCCUGGACUACAAAAUUAAAAACUUAAUAUGCUUGAUGCAUAUUUGAAUAACAAAUUUAAUAAUAAUUUUAGAUAUCAAAACAACUUUGUGUAAAUAUAGGUUAAUAUAAAUAUUGCAUAAAUAUAAAUAUUUGGUGCAAUGAUCUGUUUGGAAGAUUAAGCUAUUUUUUAAGGCCACUAGCUCACUAAAUAAUCAUACAUUCUAUCAGGACCCCUCCCCCCAUAAUAAUUAGAUACAGCUGAAUUGACCCCCUAAUAAUAUGUUGUAUUCUUGAUGCUGCUUUGGUGCAUUAUAUGACAUGUUGUUAGCAGGGUUUGAAAUUAAAACCUACCAACCCACCAAAUGGUGGUGAAAAUCAAUAGCGGUGGAUAACACCAUCAAUUCAAGUGGCAGGGUAUGAUUAUAUUCUUUCACUUUGCAUGCCAUCUUUUUUAGAACCCCUUUCUUAGGAGAAGUCUCCAUCAUUACCAAAAUAAGCUUAAUGCUCCAGUUUGUUUUUGACUUUAAUUUGUACUCUUAGAUUAGUUUUGUAUACUGACUUUUGUACAGAAACAGCUGAUAAUUUUAAUGUACUGACAGCCUGUCAGUUUUAUGUUUAAACAAUAAUUUUGGAGAUCUAUAAUAAUGGAAAUCUAUAGUAAUUAUUUAUGCAUUAGUGCUGUUGGAACAGAUUUCACAUAUCCCUCUGUCAUCUGAGUGUGUUUACUUCAUAUCCGUAUAUGGAAAGAAGUGCAUGUUACUACUAUAAGCAGUGGAAGUUGUUGUAGUAGCUUGACACAGCAAAAAAUUAACCAAAAAGAGUUUGCGAGCAAGUACCUAGUCACUCGCUAGUCACUCUUCAGGAACAACAAGUGAUCUGGACCAUUAUUUUAAAGUGAAAAAACAUUUGUUUCACUUUAAAAUAAUGGUACAGAUCACUAGUAGUUCCAAAAAUAACAACUGUACAUGUCUCGGACAUGUUAAUGUUGUGUUUAGUAAUUAAGUGGUAAUUCUUUAAAAUUUGUAAUAGUUAAAUAAUAGUUCUUAAUGAGGCUUAUUCGGUAAUUAUUGAUUACCUAAUAAAAGGAACUAUCUCAGUCCUAAAUUUGCUAUUACUUAAUGAUUAAUUCAUCUGGUUUCCAUUUUAGUAGUAGUAGCUGAUGCGUUAAUGUAGUACUUAUUUGUACACUAGAAUAAAAAACAUUACUGGUGUGCAUCUUGAGACAAAACAAUGGCACUGACAUAUUUUAAGAUAUGUCAGUACUAGUUGCUUUCAGUUAAAACAGCUCAAACAUACAUUUUAGUCUAGGACUAUCUUAAGCCUUGUCUGUGAAACCGGCAGUAAGACUUAUACUUUAAGUAUUAUACAUGUCAUGCACUUAUUUGUUUAAAUAUAUUCUGAUUAUCUAUGUUGUUGUUUUUUUGUUGUUGUUGUUGUUGUUGUUUUUUCCCCUUUUUACAUAAUGAAACAUUCAAUGUAACGCAUUGGAGUACAUAUGCUGUCACAAAAUCUUUUUUUUUUUUUUUUUUUUUGUCUAUUUCAGUUUUCAGUUUGACGACUUGUUUUUGUAAAGCUAAAAAUGUGUUAAAGAUGAGUGCUUUUGCUGUAUUACUUAUACCAAACAACCAGUAAAAUAGUAUGCUUGUCAGAGUAUAUUACUGUACAAUGCCACCAAAGAAAAUAAAUCUCUUUAGUACACAUUCACAAAUUAAGCAGUAGACAUUUCUUGUUAAGGCACUAAAGAUACUGUGAACCCGCUACAGAAUGCCUGUGGGGCAAUGGUAACCCUGGUCUUCGGGUGGUAUACCCAAUAUACCCGGCUGCCCGAUAUAUAAUGUACAUUGGCAACAGAGAUUUGCAUCGCAAGCCACUCCCCGCCAGCUGGGUAUAUCGA